GAACUUCAUUAACAGUGGGAAGAUGCUGCUUGACAUAUUUGCUUAGAAGUGAAACAGUGCCUUUAUUCUGACCCUAAAAUCCUAAAGACACAAUUUGGCUGUGUUUGAGUUAGUAAGUCAGUGGUAGGCCCCUGUUCAUUGUUUCCAUGGCAGUGCUGACACAAUGGCAUGCUAAUUGGAAGGAAUUACUCCCUUGGGGACUUUGAAAAGAAAUGGAUGCAUAAUUCUGGGGUAGGACUGGACAAUAAUUCAAAAAUUUCAGAUUUCAAUAUACAUUACAUAUUUUGUCACUGACUGAUGUUCAGGGUCCAGCUAUCAGAAAGAGCAGGACAACAGACUACCUAAGCACCAUAAAACUUUAAGCCAGUCUAAACCUGAAACAUCACCAUCAUCACCCCCAACACCAGCUGUGUCGAAAGAGAAACCCAUGCAGCAAGCACGGAUGGCUUCAUACAUGCCUUAUGACAAUGUCAUCAAGACAUAACUAAGACUGUUACAAACUUCUUGGCUUAGGACAUAAUGCCAUUUAGUACAGUGGAAAACGUGGGUUUCAGGGAAAUUAUGUCAGUCACCUUGGCCAAAAAUAUUUUUCACGCUCCGCUAUACCUAGACUUUAUGGUGAAGUUAGGGAAAGGGUGGAGGAGCAACUGAAGUUAGUGUCAUUUUGCGACCAAAUCUGACCUUUGGUCAGGCUGAACCUAGUAACCAUACUUGAGCAGGACAGUCCCCUUUAUUGAUCAAGAUUGGAAGCUCGUCAGCUUAUGCCUCCAGACUUAUGGAUGCGCUCGCCUCCUGGAGACUCUGCAUGAAACGGAUGGACGAGACUACAAUACUUCGGGCACAGACAACUGUGCUAUUGCGAAAGUUACCCAAGACGAGAGUGGACAAAGCAAUUGGGAUCUGUAAAAAGGUGGUGGCUGCCUUCUGCUGCUCUUGGAAGAAGAAACCGGAUCUUGCAGCUGCUCAGGAGGAGUAUGACUUGCCAAAGCACAAGUUCAUCUAUGAAACACCAAUAAGAUGGGGCUCCCGUCAACAAAUGGGGAAGUGGGUUCUGGAGCAGAAGAGGGCCAAAAGUCAAGAAGACCAGGCCACUGGUUCCUACCUGGCAAGAUGUGGAUGUUUUAGAGUCCAUAGAUUUAGCUCCAAGCCAAUUCCUCAAAUUCACUGAUUCCUUGUCCGGUAAUUCCUAUGUCAGUGUAUCAUUCCUAAAACCAGUGAUGUAUCUCUUCAACACCUCCAUCCUGAAGAAAGCAGAGGAUGACACGGAGCUCUCCAGGACCAUAAAGACAUCAGUGAUGGGAUACCUCAUCAAAAAGUAUGAUGACCCAGCCUUGGAUGAUCUGCUUGAUGUGGCAUGCCUCAUUGACUCAAGAUUCAAGCUUCAGUACACUAAGGAGGUUGAAAAGAGAAAACAUCAAAGAGAGAGCUGUGUUGGAGAUGCUGAAGGGAGAGAGAGAGCUGUUGUAGUAAGGGAAGAGGAGUCCAGGUAAGAAGCCAUGGUAGAUGCUUUAGCACCAGCCAAGAAGACAAAGCGGUCUCUGGCUAGAUUCUUUUUUUUUUUUCUCAAACAUGCCCAACACUACUACUAACACCGAAGGCUUGAAUCCACUGCAGAGGGAGGUCGGCAACUACCUUCUGUCUCCAGAUGCUGACAAUGACUCAAAUCCUCUGGACUGGUUGAAAGUCUAUCAAAAGAACUUCCACAGAGUAAGCCAACUAGCACAACAUGACUUGUGCAUACAGUUGGCAACAUUGCCACAUGUAACAGGGCAUCUCUGAAGCCAGAUAAUGUAGACCAGCUUGUUUUUCUUGCCAGAAACCUCUAGCGCAGGGGUGUAAAACUCAGUUCCUGGAGUGCUGGAGUCAGGGUUCUAGACUGUGACCGAAUGGUUGCAUUUUGUGACCCUUUUUUUCUGCCAGUGCAACUAAUCUUUGUGAGCAGUCGCAGUGAAGAAAACCUCAAACAACAAAGAAACUAAAGUGAAACUAAACCCUACUACUUUUCAGCUAUUUUUGAUGUGAUGAACAAAAUAUAGUUUGUGGUAAACAAACACUUGUAUACAUUUUUUUUUGAAUGCAUCAAAUCACAACUAUAACAAGCAGCAGAAAGCACUUAUUGGCUUAGUCAUUCAUUUCUACUUUUUCUCUAUAUUCUGAAAUUAUAAAAUCACUAUUAUAAAAAUCAAGAAUUCAGAUUUUGUCAGAAUUGUACUUGUAUUGUAAAUUUUGUGAAUUGUAUUUUUUAUUUUUGUGUAUAUGAAGUCAGAAAAGUCAAACUUCAAUUUGCUACUAUAUAUGCUAGAAAAAUAAUGGUACAUUUAAUAAGAGUGAAAUAUUUACAUUUUCUAUACAGAAAAAGUAGAUUUUAAUCCUGUUACUGUUGUUAAUCAAAGUAUAUUUAGUAUGCAUCCUAACCGAAGCUUAGUGCUUUAGUCAAAUAUGUAUAAACAAGAUAUAAAUGAACAUGAAAUAAAAGUAACUGCACUGCCCCAGCACUACAAUUUCUGCUCCUGGCGCCACCAUCUGUAGAACUUAGUGACGCUGGUGCCGCUGCCCUCAAAUGUUUCUGGAGCCCUGCAGGGUAGAUUCAACCUUAAUUAAAUGCACCUGAUCCAACUAAUUAAGUCCUAAACUAUAUGGUAUAUGUGUUGAAGCUGGAUUGGAUCACAACUCUGCUGGGCUCCGGCCCCUUCACGAAUUGAGUUUGACACCCCUGUCCUGUCAUAGGGUGUCAUCAAUACUCAGCAAUGUCCCUGCCCCAGCAACAUGUGUUUUUGUUGUUGCUCACUCACUUGUUGUUGUUUUGUUUUUCUCUCUGUUUUCUGCUGUAACUCAACUCUUCAUAUUCUUUAUCUUGGCUGUUGCACUUUUGUUUUAAUCUGUAAGAAUAAUCAUUCUAUGUUACAGUUUAUAGUUAAAGAGAUUAUUAUUAAUAAGGUGAGUCUAAUGUUAAUUUGAUGGUGAUUUCACAUUUCUUGUUUGUAUGAAGGCUAAAUACAAAUAAAAGCCAAACAUUACUUUAUUUGUAGCCUUUUUAUUUCUAAAAUAUAAUAUCAUUUCAAAAGAGGAGGUUCCCAACACUUGAUUUUUUUUUUUAAGUUUGUAGGUGCAAUCAUCCUUUGUGG